CCCAUGUCUCAGCGCUUCCUCACUGUACUCAUUCUACUCUUGCUGAACGCGCAGUCCGAGCAAACACAGCGAGGCCUCAGCAGCUCCCGACGGCCCCGCCCCGCUGUGCAGCCCAGCUCAGCUGUGCCGGAGGGCGGAAGUGCGGGCCGCAGCGGGGCGGUGGUCGCAGCGCUGUGCUCCUGUUCCUUGCCCCAACCUCCUGCGGGCCGGGUUGUGCAGGCAGCACUGCGAGAGGCUUAGGCGGCCCCGGAGGAGCAGCAGCUACUUGGUUAGCAAGAUGAAGCCAGCUAAGCUGCACUAUUGGAUUUUGGGUUGUUUUUCUAUGGUGUCAUGUUGCUGGUGUACUUCAGAUAAAUUUCCUCAAAGUGAUAGCCAUCCUCACACCUGGAAGAAGCUGUAUCUUGCUCACCAUUGGCCAGUGACUGUAUGCAAGAUGAGUGCUAAUGAUUGUCAAGACCCUCCAGACUACUGGACAAUUCAUGGACUGUGGCCUGACAAAGGUGAAGAAUGUAAUAGGACGUGGCAUUUCAACGUCACAGAGAUUAAGGAUCUUAUGUCAGACAUGAGACGCUAUUGGCCUGAUGUGAUUCAUUCAUCUCCGAAUCGCACCCACUUCUGGAAACAUGAAUGGGAUAAACAUGGCACUUGUGCAGCCACACUUCCAAUCCUUGAUUCUGAGAAGAAAUAUUUCAGUAAAACCCUGGAACUCUACCAGCACGUUGACCUUAAUGGUGUUCUCCUGAAAGCUGGGAUAAAGCCAGGCAGUACAUACUACCAGAUGGCUGCUAUAAAGGAAGUGCUUACGAAAUUUUAUGGUGUUACACCAAAGAUCCAAUGUCUUGCUCCAGAAGAGGGUGAAAAAGCACAAACAAUUGGUCAGAUUGAGUUCUGCUUCACCAAAGAACUGAAGCCGAGGAACUGCACAGAGCCAAAGGGUGAAUCCAGCCGAAUGCACACCAACUUGCAGCCUGUAACUGAGGAGUUAUCUGUCUGCAAUGACACUCUUCCAGUCUAUUAUCCUUCUUCAACAAAACAAGUUAACAACAAUCCCUUAAAGUCAUACCUUGGAAAGCAAUUUUGACUUAGUAAUAUUACAAAACCUUGCCUGUAUCAGGUAUGCUGAGAGUAUUUUUGCUGGGGGGUGGGGAAAACAACCACUGAAAUCUGCCUUGGCCAUUAAAAGAAUAGUUUGCAUUGUAAUACUAGCUAUGUAGGCCAAAGUCUUGAAUUUCUGGUCUGAUACAGAUGAAAUCAGAAUCUGAUUUACAGCUUUGUCUGUACUUCUUGGCUUAUUUUUCACUUGAAUCAGUGUUCACAAAUGAGCUGUAACUUAGUUUCAUUUGCAGUUCAAUCUGCCACAUCAGCCACAUGGUUUUUUGGUAGCAACUCACGGUAGUUAAGUCAUUCUUUGUUUUAAAAAGAUGCCUAUCAACUUGAUAUGACGAUGUAUUGAAGAGGAUAUUGUAAAAUGGAAGAAUUUGAGACCUGUCUGGAGCUUUGUGUAAAUACGUUCUCCAGAAUCACUAAAUAAAAGCCACACUUCAUAGCAUUAAACUUUUCCUCAUUCAGAUCACAAGUGCCCAAAAACAACAGCCUUUUAACAUCUGCCUCUUAUUGGCAUCUCUAUCAAAAGAACCCCAAGACUGUAUUUGCGGCCUCACCUGUUUGUAGAUUUGGUACAGUGACUAACACCAUCAUGAAGAGUGACUGAUUUUAAAUUGUCUGUGGUUAUAGGAGAAUAAUAUUGGACUCUAUAAGCAAAUUCUUAAUUUUUAACAAAAUUGAACAUUUAGCACUUCCACGGAAGUGGGGGAAAAAAUGCCUAAGCUUCUGUUUAAAAAUAAAGUUGUCAUGUAAUAGCUUGGUUCUAAGAAAUAGCUUUUUAUAGGUAAGUAGUAAAGACUGCAGGAAUUCCAGUGAAAAGUACAAAUGUACAAUAGUGUUUUUUAUCCCAUAACAAUAGCAAGCCACAGAGUUGCAUGUUUCCAAAUAAGACUGAUUUAGAUGCUAUCCUUUACACAGUGCUAUCGUGAUGCAAGUGUCUCAAAUUGUCUUAGAAAUACAAUUGCGACUCAAAGAACCAUCUGUUAGAAGAGUAUAUUACUGCAAAAAUAGUAAAAGCAGCACUAAGGACAAAUUUAUUAUAUCUUCUAGGUUAAGAAACCAUUCAUGUUUAUUUUACUUGUCCCUGUACGUCUCCUUUGAGGCUGUUACCUUCCCAUUGCAGAGUACUGUGAUUUGUUGUAUUUUUUGGGGUGUGGGGAGGGGUUCAAGUCCUCUCUAGAGAUCUGAAUGUUUUGUUAUUGUUUUUAAUACAUGAGAAUGGGUUUGAUCUGCAUUUUAGUGUGUCUGCAUUGCAGUAAAGUGAGGGUUUUUCUUUCAAACUUUGUUCCUUCCUGAGUUGAGGAAUGUACUAGAGUAACAGAUCUGGAGUACUCUAUACAGCAUUUAAAAUCAAAACAAAAGAAGCUAUUCUUUUAUUCGUUCUCCCUAUGCCAUUAUUGUCUUAAUGGAAAUACUUGAAAUUGAACUUUGAUGUUUGAAAGAAAAAAAAAAAGUCAAAUUCUGAAGGGAAAAGGCAGAAGAUGCAACAUGUGGUACUUGUUGUAAAGAGGUAUAAAUUCACUGCUGUUUGAAAUAUGUUAGUGUUUAUGGGAGAACUAGCUUCAAGGGGCAUGUGAUAUUGAGGUAGGUGGGUUGGUUUUUUUUUUUCAGUGGCUUUUGGUUGGCUGAAAUUCACGCUUGCAUCUUUUUUGAAGUGUGUAACAGGAUGAAUCCUGCUUUUGACCAUGUCCACAGGGUUUCUACCAAAUUCAGUGAGAACUUUGCAUGUGUUUCUGAGCAGAAGGUGAUUCAAAGGCCAGACGUUUAUCUAUUGUGCAUUGGUAUUUUUGGCUAUGUUUCAGGGAGUGCUGUGAUGAUCCAGUAGUUUCUCUGGAGUUGACUUAAUAAUUGUGUAAUAUUCUGAUAAGAACAGCAGACAGCACUUUAUAGAAUUCCUGUAUGUGUAUAUAUUUGCAUAUGCAUUGUAUAUAACACGUGUAUUUGCAACUAAGAACACCAAUACAUGAUUGCUGUAUUCAGGAACUGUGUAAGAAAUUGUUAAUAGUUCAAAAGCUAAUAAACGCUGCAUAAUCACAAGCA